UCUGUAAAUCAUCACAAUGAAACACAUGUCUACAGUGUAAUUUGCCUCUCUGGGGCCAUAUAAUUUCUCUUUUUUUUAAUCUGUUGAAAGAAAGUUUACCAAUCUUAAACCUGCAAAUGUCGGGCUUGCAGAUUCUGGCUUUUGUCAGCGGCCUGGCCGGGCUGGGCGCCACUAUUGGGGCCACAGUGUCCAAUGAAUGGAGGGCCACCAGCCGGGCAUCCUCAGUCAUCACAGCGACCUGGGUGCUGCAGGGUCUGUGGAACAACUGUGCUGGAAAUGCCAUCGGAGCUCUGCACUGCCGACCACAUCAUACUAUCCUCCAGCUGGAAGGCUACAUUCAAGCCUGCAGGGGAUUGAUGAUUGCAGCUAUCUGUCUGGGGUUUUUUGGUUCUAUAUCAGCCCUUGUCGGAAUGAAAUGCACCAAAAUUGGAGGAAACGAUAAAAACAAAGCCAGGAUCGCCUGCUUUGCCGGUGGGAAUUUUAUUCUUAGUGGGCUCUGCUCACUUUCAGCAUGCUCCCUCUAUGCCCACCGAAUAACCACAGAGUUUUUUGACCCAAUGUAUAUUGCACAGAAGUAUGAACUGGGAGCUGCUCUCUUCAUCGGCUGGUCAGGUUCUGUCCUCUGUAUCCUCGGAGGCAGCAUGCUCUGCUGUUCCAUCACGGCUUCUUUUCCCAAAAGCCAAAGUCAAGUGAAUUAUAUCUACAACGGUGCUGUCUCUCAUUCUCAUAUCUCGUCCUACCCGAGAGGCCAGGCAAAGUCUGCCAACCAGAGGCCGCCUCCAGACUACAGCAGCUCCUCCAGGACGCAGCACUUUGACAAGAAUGCAUAUGUGUGAGGGAUGUGAAAAAACACUUAUAGUUGAUGCCCGUCGGCAGUUUUAAAACAGCUUUUGUACAGUUUGUAUACAAUAAUCCGUGGCUCUUCGGGGAGUACAUUUUGAAUUUCUACAUGUUUCUUCAGGAGGUCUAAAUUGUAUGAUGCAUUUUUUUCUUUUUCUAAAGAAUUUUUAUUUUCAAUACACCAGACCACUUCUGUAUUUGGUAAUUGUUUGUUUUAGUGGUCAUUGAAUUUUAUGAUUCUAAAUGUAUCAUAAUUAAACAGCUAAAUCAAAAACGGGUGCAGGAUUUGACCAGAUUGUUCGUUUGGUGGUUGAAUCUUUGAAUGUAAGUAGCCUGAACAUGUUAACUUGUGAUCACAAUAUCUAAAACAGUGUCAAAUACAGAUUAUCUUUUUUCCACUACACAACCAUAAACCAUGAUCUUGUUUAGUAUAUAAGUAGCAAUAAGACAGAUAAAAGAUAGAAUUGAGUUUCAGCACACGGUAUAUAGCAUAUAUUUGUCCUAGUGAGUGAUCACGUCUGCACAGGGCAGCAGUUUAACGCUCUGUGUUAUUGCCUCUUAAGAAUUCCAUUUUAUCACAACGAAGUCUUGCAAUUGUUUGGAAGUGGUUACAA